AUGCCUAUCAUGCAAUCCCCUCAAAGCCCGGAGGAAUCCAACCCCACCUUGAAAUCAUUCAUGGCGGCGUGCCAGACCGGCAACUUACCCACCGUCAAAGACCUCGCGGCAGUCUGCGCCACUGAAACCUUCCCCGACAACAUCACCGGUCUCCACUGGGCGGCGAUCAACAACCGCCUCUCCGUGGUCCAGUACUUGGCGGAAUCCUAUCCAGAAAUUCUCGAUGUUCGCGGUGGUGACUUGGAUGCAACCCCGUUGCACUGGGCGUGCCGCUACGGACUUGUCUAUAUCGCGGAUUACUUGAUCAAGCAAGGCGCCGACCCCGCGCGCUGCGACUCUCAGGGCUUCAACUGUCUCCACCUUGCUAUCAACUCGUCUAACAUUAUGCUUGUGAUCUACAUUCUCAAUACUACGGACAUCCACGUCGACACCCCUGACCCCAACCGGCGCACAGCACUUGGAUGGGCUGCUUACCAGGGCGACACCCUCAGUGUCGAGGUGUGCCUUCAGCACGGCGCGGACGUUGCACAGGCAGAUGACCAAGGCUUCACUCCAUUACACUGGUCGUACAUGCGCGGUACCUUCCCGAUCAUUAAGCAGUUACUCGAGCACGGCGCCGAUGUCAACAACACGACGUACGACGGAAAGAGUAGCUUCGACAUUGCGCGCGACAUGAAUUGCUUGCCGACGUUGAAGAACGCGUUGUACGAGACAGGCCGGGACCGUGAGACCGGGCUCAUGAAGCCAAAACUCAUGGGUGAGUCUACUGCCAAGGUGGCCACCUUCUUCGCUCCGUAUGUCAUGCUUGGGGUCGCUUUGGCCGGGGUUAGACUCAUGGAAACCAGCGACUUUCUCCGCCUCUUUGCGGUGUUUCCGGUAUUAGCUCUCCUCCACUUCCUUACCAUGCAUCUCCUCGUGCCGAACUAUCUUCGCACCCACCAAAACGCGCUUUUGAAGACCCCCUACCUUGCGGGGGUCUUUUCCGCAUCCUUCUUUUACUGUGUCGUGGUGUGGGUCACCCAUUUCGCGGCAGACUUUCUCGAAACCCCCCUCGCUCACAUUUUCUUUGUCCUUUCCGCCGCCGCGGUAUACGGCUUGUUCUCCAAGGCUAUGUUUAUCAACCCCGGCUAUAUUCACCGUCCUGCCAGCAAGACCGACACCCAGGGACACAUUAUGGCGCUCAUGGCGAUCGGCAAGUACGACGCGCAGCACUUCUGCAUCCACACGAUGGUGCGUAAGCCGUUGCGUGCGAAAUACUCCGAACACUCGCGUAAGUUGAUCGCAGGCUUCGACCACUACUGCCCGUGGUUGUACAACGAGGUGGGCGUGCGCAACCACAAGCUCUUUGUCGGCUUCAUCCUUGCGUUGGAGGUUGCCGCCUUAUGUUUCCUUCAUCUUGCGCUCGAGUCGUUUGACGAACUUCCGUCUGUGGAUGAAUGUGCCGUGUUGGGCGAAUCGCUCUGCCGAGCCGCGACACACACGCCGUUCGCCCUCAAUCUCUUCUUCUGGACGUGUUUCCAGCUCAUAUGGUUAUCUUUCUUGAUCUUCACACAACUCUUCCAGAUCUCUCGCGGCUUAACCACCUACGAGGCGUCUAAGUUGUACAAGAAAGACCAUCGCCAGAACCCGUACUAUGCCAGCGUGCCCGAAGACCUCGCUGGACUGACCGAGACCCCCGUUGAAGAUCCCCUUCCGAAAAACAUCACGUUAUGCGGCUCCUUUUCCCGGCUGUUGGGGUUGGAUCAGUUUGUGUCCGCUGCGCGCGAUGCCACGUCGUCGCGCCACCAAGAGAUCGCUACAGACUACGGGGUGAAGAUGAACUGCUUGGACUUCUGGUUCAUCGGUGACACUCACAACUGGCGCAACAUCUUCUACUUGCCAAUUGACGGCGAGCACAACAUUAAUGGCCGCACUGUGGACUAUUACCACUUGUACAAGUUACCGUCGAAGGACGUCGAAAACUUGGUUUAG